AGUAGCGCUUUGUGUCGUUUUGGUCUCGGGCCCAGAGUGGAAAACUACAGCCAUGACAAUCCAAACGGAGACGAGCGUUUCAGCUCCAGACUUGACCUACUCUAAAACAAGAGGACUAGUAGCUAAUCUGAGUGCUUUUAUGAAGCAGAGAAAGAUGGGACUGAAUGACUUCAUCCAGAAGCUUUCUGCAAACUCCUAUGCAUGCAAGCAUCCUGAGGUUCAGUCCAUCCUAAACCUGACACCACCACAAGAUGUGGAGCUAAUGAACAGCAACCCUUCCCCUCCGCCAAGUCCCUCUCAGCAGAUCAACCUCGGCCCUUCCUCAAACCCCACCGCCAAACCAUCAGACUUCGACUUUCUGAAAGUCAUCGGAAAGGGUAGCUUCGGCAAGGUUCUCCUGGCACGCCACCGGAGCGAUGAGAAGUUUUAUGCUGUGAAGGUGCUUCAGAAGAAAGCCAUCUUAAAGAAAAAAGAGGAGAAACACAUUAUGUCAGAGCGCAACGUGUUACUGAAGAAUGUCAAGCAUCCAUUCCUUGUGGGCCUGCAUUACUCCUUCCAGACCACUGAUAAACUCUACUUCGUACUGGACUACAUCAAUGGAGGAGAGCUGUUUUAUCACUUGCAAAGAGAGCGAUGCUUUCUGGAGCCGCGCGCUCGCUUCUAUGCAGCAGAGAUUGCCAGUGCUUUGGGUUACCUGCAUUCACUGAACAUCGUCUACCGAGACCUGAAGCCCGAGAACAUUCUGCUGGAUUCUCAAGGGCACAUCAUCUUGACUGACUUUGGCCUGUGCAAAGAGAACAUCGAGCCCAAUGGAACGACGUCAACCUUCUGUGGGACGCCAGAGUAUUUGGCACCGGAGGUGUUACACAAGCAGCCGUAUGACCGAACGGUGGACUGGUGGUGUUUGGGCGCAGUGCUGUAUGAAAUGUUAUAUGGCCUGCCUCCGUUCUACAGUCGUAACACAGCAGAGAUGUACGAUAACAUUUUGAACAAGCCACUGCAGCUGAAACCCAACAUCUCCAACGCUGCCAGACACCUGCUGGAGGGCCUGCUGCAAAAAGACAGAACCAAAAGGCUGGGCUUCACUGAUGACUUUACUGAAAUCAAGAACCACAUGUUCUUCUCUCCCAUCAACUGGGACGAUCUGAAUGCCAAGAAGCUUACGCCACCAUUCAACCCCAAUGUGACGGGGCCUAACGACUUGCGACACUUUGACCCUGAGUUCACCGAUGAGCCAGUGCCGAAUUCAAUCGGCUGCUCGCCGGACAGCGCUCUGGUCACGUCCAGCAUUACUGAAGCGACCGAGGCUUUCCUGGGCUUCUCUUACGCCCCUGCUAUGGACUCCUACCUGUAGCCCAUUCCCCAGAAACGCCAUCCCAUGGACUCCUACCUGUAGCUCAUUUACCAUGGAAAUGCUGUCCCAUGGAAUCUCACCUGUAGUGCAUCACUAUGAGAAAAGCAAACCCCGUCUCAUUUCCCUGCCUCCAGAUCGGGGGCAUUUGCACAUGGCGUACGGCAGCUCGAAAGGCCUUUAUUGAAAGGCCUGAGUUUUACACGUUAAAGAAGAAGACUCUUCCUCUUCAUCCAAAUGCACGAUUUCUCCUCCGCUUUCACCCUGGGUUGUGACAGAUGGGGAAAAAGAGAGAGAAGAUUGAUGCUGAUGGACGUUUAUGUACUAGAUUUAUUUCAAAGCUUACUUGCGUUUCAUUUUUUAGACAUCAUAGUUUUGGAUGGAUUGAAUGCUUGUUUGUGGGUGCGUGUGUGUGUAUGUGCCUUCAUUUUAACACCCCUGUUCAAAUGUUUGUUUAGUCUAAAUCAUGUGAUCUGGCAUGUCAGUCCAUGUCAGGUAUAAACAGUCAACGUGACACUAAAACCACUAAAAUAUAUCAGCAUCUGAUGUUUUUGUGACCUUUCAGUUACGCAUCUGGGAUCAAAUUUUUUGCACAUUUAUCUUCCUAAAUUAAAGAGCACUUCCUUUAAUGCUUUUUUUUUUCCUUGUUUAUGACUUGAGCAGAAGGUGCUAGAAGGAUGUGCUGCUAAUGUGUGUAGAAAUGCUCACUUUAGUCUUCCAGCCUCCUUGGAUGUACAGUAAUCCAGAAACGGGCCAGUCUGUCUCAGCAACACAUUCCAUUGAACAAGACUGUAUGGUUAUUUAAGUUUGUAUAUUUUGAGGUCUUCUGUGUUAGUUUUAAUGUAUACGGAACAAAAACUUAAAAGGGUAUGCUUAUAUGUAACUAUAAAUGUACUGUAAAAUUGUAAAAUGUUUGAAUUAUGUGACCUUGUUUGGUUCGCAAUAAAACUUUAUGGUUAUUUUUCCCCUAAA